AUGGAUGACGAGUAUGGAGGAUGUGGCCCGGAGCAAAGAAAAGCGGAAAGUGCCAUUGUACCAAUUGAUACAAUGACCACCUUGGCCGCCCAGAUGGUUGUAGUUACCUCAUUCCUCCAGACUAUGGCUAUUAAUCAAGGACAUCUCUCUCAAAGUGCAACGCAAGCCAAUGCGUUGACAAACACCUACAACCCUGGUUGGCGGAAUCACCCCAACUUUAGUUGGGGAGGGAAUCACGACCAGGGGGGCCAAAGGAAUCUACAAAACAGUCAUCUCGAGAAUCGAGGUAAUCCUCCAGUUGUCCAUCAUCCGAAUCAAAGCCAGGGUAAUUUUCAGAGUAAACAGGCACACAACCAAUCGUCCUCUUCUAAUACCUCUUCUAGUACCUCGUCUUCGGAAGCACUACUGAAACAAUAUAUCGAAAAGAACAAGGCAAUUGUGCAGUCGCAAGCUUCCUCCAUUAGAAAUGAGGUGCAGGUUGGACAGCUUGCGAACAAGUUUAAGAAUAGAGCACCUGGUACCAUGCCUAGCAGCAUGGAAGCACCCGGACCAAGUAGCAAGGAACAAUGUAAAGCAGUGACAUUGAGAAGCGGUAGGAAGACGGUCCCCAUGCCAUCAGUACCAGAUGCGCUUUUCCAAGACAACAUCUCCAAGAAAAUGAAAGAUCCAGGGAGCUUCACAUUGCCAUUCUCAAUAGAGGGUAAAGAAGUCAGAAAUGCACUCUAUGACUUAAGGGCAAGUAUAAACUUGAUGCCCUUAUCUAUCUUCAAGAAGUUAAACAUCGACAAUGCAAGACCCACCACAGUUACAUUGCAAUUGGCUGACAGAUCAAUAACGCAUCCAAAAGGCAAGAUAGAAGACGUACUUGUGCAAGUGGAUAAAUUCAUCUUUCCUGCUGACUUUAUUAUAUUGGAUUACGAAGUUGACACUGAGGUGCCGAUCAUCUUGGGUUGCCCGUUUCUCGCAACAGAGCAAGCACUAAUCGACGUACAAAAACGAGAACUCACCAUAAGAGUCAACAAUCAGUAA